GUCUGCCGGGCGCUCGUCCAGCCGCGUAAACACCGCUGGAGCGGCGCGGCGGAGCAGGAUUGCAGAGUACCUUCAGGCUUCAGUUCCAACUUAGAAGCCAGAGGAACCCAUCCCAGCUGCUCUGUUCUCCUUCAGGAGCCAGGACAGAUUCCGAGAAGUUAGCAUUUCAGGAUCAAAAGCUCUCCUAGUCCGAGAAAGCUCCUGUUGCUCUUCCUCCCCAGUGGAUCUCAGCCCAGCCACAGGAUAUUCAGAAGAAAGGACUGCUCGUUCUUUCACGCCUGCAUUCAGUGAGCAAGUUGUGCAGAGCAGCAGGUGUGCUAAGCCAAGACCAGCUCUUCCCGGCCGCAACCUCUCCAUGCCCUGCUUUUCUGGGAGUCCUGGGCAGCAUCCACGGAGGGAAGGAAUCUGCUCAGGGAGCAUUUGUUUUCUGGCAUUUCUGGAGGCAGGGCCAUGCUCACAUUCAUGGCCUCUGACAGCGAGGAAGAAGUGUGUGAUGAGCGGACGUCCCUGAUGUCAGCCGAGAGCCCCACGCCACGCUCCUGCCAGGACGGCCGGCAGGGCCUGGAAGACGGAGAGAGUGCCGCCCAAUGGAGAAGCCAGGAGAGUGAGGAGGACCGUGAGGAGGAGGACCCUGACCGCUACGUCUGCAGUGGGGUUCCUGGGCGGCCGCCGGGCCUGGAGGAGGAGCUGACUCUCAAAUACGGGGCAAAGCAUGUGAUCAUGUUAUUUGUGCCUGUCACGCUGUGCAUGAUCGUGGUGGUGGCCACCAUCAAGUCCGUGCGCUUCUACACAGAGAAGAAUGGACAGCUCAUCUACACGCCUUUCUCUGAGGACACGCCCUCGGUGGGCCAGCGGCUCCUCAACUCCGUGCUCAACACCCUCAUCAUGAUCAGCGUCAUCGUCACCAUGACGAUCUUCCUGGUCGUGCUCUACAAGUACCGCUGCUACAAGUUCAUCCACGGUUGGCUGAUCAUGUCCUCUCUGAUGCUGCUGUUCCUCUUCACCUAUAUCUACCUCGGGGAAGUGCUCAAGACCUACAAUGUGGCCAUGGACUACCCCACCCUGUUCCUGACCGUCUGGAACUUCGGGGCGGUGGGCAUGGUGUGCAUCCACUGGAAGGGCCCCCUGGUGCUGCAGCAGGCCUACCUCAUCAUGAUCAGCGCGCUCAUGGCCCUGGUGUUCAUCAAGUACCUCCCGGAGUGGUCCGCCUGGGUCAUCCUGGGCGCCAUCUCCGUGUAUGAUCUUGUGGCUGUGCUGUGCCCCAAAGGGCCACUGAGGAUGCUGGUGGAAACCGCCCAGGAGAGAAAUGAGCCCAUAUUCCCUGCCCUCAUAUACUCAUCUGCCAUGGUGUGGACCGUAGGCAUGGCCAAGCUGGACCCUUCCUCUCAGGGAGCCCUUCAGCUCCCCUACGACCCGGAGAUGGAAGAAGACUCCUAUGACAGUUUUGGGGAGCCCUCGUACCCUGACGUCUUUGAGCCCCCACUGCCUGGCUACCCGGGGGAGGAGCUGGAGGAAGAGGAGGAAAGGGGCGUGAAGCUGGGCCUUGGAGACUUCAUCUUCUACAGCGUGCUGGUGGGCAAGGCGGCCGCCACGGGCAGCGGGGACUGGAACACCACACUGGCCUGCUUUGUGGCCAUCCUCAUUGGUUUGUGUCUGACCCUCCUGCUGCUCGCCGUGUUCAAGAAGGCGCUGCCCGCCCUCCCCAUCUCCAUCACAUUCGGGCUCAUCUUCUACUUCUCCACGGACAACCUGGUGCGGCCUUUCAUGGACACCCUGGCCUCCCAUCAGCUCUACAUCUGAGGGGACGUGGGCACCAUGGGCUGGAAGCUGUAGGAAGCGGUGACCGGAGGCAGCUGUCUGAUUUUACACUCUAGUGCCAUAUAUUUUUAAGACUUUUCUUUCCUUUAAAAGAAAGUGAGAAUGAAAAAGGCUUGUGUUAACUUCAUGAAGAGGAAGGGCCAGCUUUGUGGUGCUAGUGGUUUUGUCACUAGGCCUGGUUCAGCCCGUCGUGAGCACUCGCUUCACCGACAGGAAACCCGGGAAGUCGGGCCAGAGGAGCUGAGAAUGGUUCCGAGACGUGGGGGGCGCGGGGAAGGCCCCCUACUCUCACCACCCCCAGCCUGGCGUCCUCGGAGAAGGGCCCAGACGGAGGACGAGGCAAGGAUGUCUGGGACCAGGAGGCCAUGCCCGGGAUGGCACGAAGAGCCUGGUCACUCUGGAGAGGAAAAGCCGAUUUUCUCUGCAAGGAAUGUUCCCGAUGCUUUGUCUAUGAUGUCAUCAUUAUUUGAUUACCUUUAGAGUCCUUGUCACAGCAGUCGUUGCUGGGAAGUGUCUUAAUAUUACCAUCAAUAAAUAGCUGAAUCCUGUCACA